UCCUUCCCUCAGGGGGUGCUGAGGCGCUGCCCGGGGAUUUCCACGGAUUUCGAGGGAUUUCGAGGGAUUUCUCGUCCCUGAGGUGUUUUUGAGGCCAGGUUGGAUGAAAUCUUGAGCCUCAUAUGAAAAGGAAGGGGUGGGGAGCUGGGGGUCGGCCUCUUCUCACAGGUAAAUAGUGAUAGGAGCAGAGGGAAUGGCCUCAAGUUGUGCCCAGGGGAGGUUCAGGUGGGAAAUGAGGAGACAUUUCUGCUCAGAAAGAGCAGUCAGGCACUGGGACGGGUUGCCCAGGGAGGUGGUGGAGUCACCGUCCCUGGGGGUGUUCAAGGAGAGGUUGGACGUGGUGCUUGGGGACAGGGUUUGGUGGUGACAUUAUUAAGUAGGGUCUGGUGUUGGUUAGGGGCUGUUGGGCAGCUAGUCCCCAGGGCGCUGUGUGGUAAUUAACAGCUUUAAUUGCUCGUUCUAGGCUCUGAUGAGAAGGAGCAGCCCUGCAUCAUGCCUCCAAGACAAGGUAACAGGAGGGGGACACGACGGCUCUGCGACUGCGCCUUCCCCAGUCUGGGUGGCACCAGUGAGAUGGGGAUUUAUGGACACCAGCAGGGCUGCGUCCCCCUUGGAGGUGGCUCGUAAGGAGCUGCUGGGGGUUUUGAGCCCCCUUUCUUCAAUCACCUCAUGUUCAGGAGCUCCCAAGGCAGGGGCCACGUGGUUUGAGCACCUCUCAGCUCUUUGGGACUUCGUUGUUACAGCAGAGAUGGACCUGAGAGGGUUUUCCUGUCCCAAACUCCUCCUGGGAGCACGUGUCAGGUUUUGAGAGUCCCUGCAUGGAGCAGGGGGUGGCAGGGCACCUGGAAAGGGAUUUUAUUGUACAAAAUUUGGGAACACACUGGCUGCACACACCGCCACCACCUCCUCACAGGCACCGGGGCUGCGGUGGGGAUCCCUGGUGCGUGCCAUGGAUGAGGGGUGUUGGGUGUUGGGUCCUCGCUGCCCCUUUUGGCUUCCCCCUGAGUGGCAGCGAGGAGCUGCACUGACAGAUCUGUUACGGGCAGUUUGGGAACCUGCUGCCUCGUUAUCUGUUCUCAUAAAUCUUUGCCAAAAGCGCCCCGCUGUUACACGGCUCGGGGUGUUUUAUGGCUCCGGCUCUGCUCUCCAUCUUCACGUCACCUUAUCUCGAGGUUUUGUUCUUUAUCUUGCGUUCGUGCUUCGUCUUCCUGCUGUCCGGCCGUUGGAUGGAAGCAGGCACAACGCUUUGUGGUGCUGCGAGCCCAUCCCUUUAACCCUUUCUCCGUGUGUCCUACACAUCCACGUAGAGUUAUUUCUGCUCAUGGGGAUGCUCAUGGUUCUUGGAAACCUCUCUGGGAGUGGAGUGGUGUGAGAAAGGGGGAAAUUGGGAUUUCCUUCCAGCCUGGCUCAAGCGUGUCCUUUGUUAGGCACAGAGGAGGAAGAAAGGUUGCUUCUUCUCCUCGUUUUGUGACCAGAUAUAAAUCCUCUGUGGGGUUUUCUUGGGGCUGGGAGAGUUGGAGACCCUCUGUAUAGGGGCAGGAGGUGGAGGGAGGUCGUUUAACACCACACCAACGUCUUCUGUGAGUCCGGGCAGCAUAAGGGACUGGGACACGGCACCAGACACCAUACCAACAGCUCUAGGGAUAAAUAAUUUAUCUCUCAAUAACGGAGCUGUAAUAAAUACGGAGCAGCAGUGCAAUUACCCGGGUCUUAAUGACAACAAACGCAGUAAUUCAUUAAUCCUGCGCUAGGCUUCACAGCUGGGCACGCAGCGACUUCCUCGGGGAUCCUCGUGCCCGGGAAGGGGAUCCUCGUGCAAGAAGCACCACGAGAAGCAUCAGGGCACGAGAACAGCCCGACGGGGCCGCUGUGGGCACCAGAACAGAUCCGGGUGUGCGAGAUCCACCACGAAAACCCCGAGGGGGCUGCGGGAACAGCUCCGGGGAGCCCUCCCGUGGGUUUGGGGCUCGGUUCUACCCCUGGCACGUGGCUGGCGAUGGGAUGCAGGGCUCGGUGGCGGCGACCCCGCUGCGGCUGCUGCUGCUGCAGCAGCUCCGUGUCCAUGGAAACAGCUGCGGGAGGAAGGAAGGAGGGAGCAGACGGGGCCGGGGACACACGGACGUGCCUGACAAAGGAGGUGGCCGGGGGGGAGAGGCUGGAGGUCGGCUGGUGACCGUGAGGGACCCUUCAGGGCGAGGCUGGAGUGCGUCGGGGUCCCCGUGGUGGCACGACCCAGCGUGGCGAUGACAGGUGUGUGCGGCUGCUGCGGCGCCCUGCGGCCCCGCUACAAGAGGCUGGUGGACAACAUCUUCCCCGAGGACCCAGAGGAUGGGCUGGUGAAAACCAACAUGGAGAAGCUGACUUUUUACGCCCUGUCGGCCCCGGAGAAGCUGGAUCGCAUCGGUGCCUACCUCUCCGAGCGCCUCAUCCGCGACGUGAGCCGGCACCGAUACGGGUAUGUCUGCAUCGCCAUGGAAGCCCUGGACCAGCUCCUGAUGGCCUGUCACUGCCAGAGCAUCAACCUCUUCGUGGAGAGCUUCCUGAAGAUGGUGGCGAAGCUGCUGGAGUCGGAGAAGCCCAACCUGCAGAUCCUGGGGACCAACUCGUUCGUGAAGUUUGCCAACAUCGAGGAGGACACCCCCUCCUACCACCGCAGCUACGACUUCUUCGUCUCCCGUUUCAGCGAGAUGUGCCACUCCAGCCACGACGACCUGGAGAUCCGGACAAAGAUCCGGAUGUCUGGCAUUAAAGGCCUGCAAGGGGUGGUGAGGAAGACGGUGAACGACGAACUCCAGGCCAACAUCUGGGACCCGCAGCACAUGGACAAAAUCGUGCCCUCGCUGCUCUUCAACUUACAGCACGUGGAGGAGGCUGAGAGCCGCUCCCCCUCGCCACUGCAAGCUACAGAGAAGGAGAAGGAGAGCCCCACGGAGCUGGCGGAGAGGUGCCUGAGGGAGCUGCUGGGCCGGGCGGCGUACGGCAACAUCAAGAACGCCAUCAAACCCGUCCUCAUCCACCUGGAUAACCACUCGCUCUGGGAGCCGAAGAUCUUUGCCACCCGCUGCUUCAGGAUCAUCAUGUACUCCAUCCAGCCCCAGCACUCCCACCUCGUGAUCCAGCAGCUGCUGGGGCACCUGGAUGCCAACAGCAAGAGCGCGGCCACCGUGCGCGCGGGCAUCGUCGAGGUCCUGUCGGAGGCAGCGGUGAUUGCAGCCUCGGGAUCUGUAGGUCCCACGGUGCUGGAGGUGUUUAACACCCUGCUGAGGCAGCUGAGGCUCAGCAUCGACUACGCGCUGACGGGGAGCUACGACUGCACCGCGGGCGUCAGCACCAAGAUCAUCAAGGAGCACGAGGAGAGGAUGUUCCAGGAGGCCGUCAUUAAAACCAUAGGGUCCUUCGCCAGCACGCUGCCCACGUACCAGCAGUCCGAGGUGAUGGUUUUCAUCAUGAACAAGGUGCCGCUGCCGUCCUCGCAGCAGUCCAUCGAGGCUGGCAAAGCUGGGGAGAACCGAAACCGGCUGACGCAGAUCAUGCUCCUGAAGUCCCUGCUGCAGGUCUCCGUGGGCUUCCAGUGCAGUAACAUGCUGACGGCGCUUCCCAGCGCCUUCCUGGACAGGCUGCUCUCCUCUGCCCUCAUGGAGGAUGCUGAGAUUCGCCUCUUCGUCCUCGAAAUCCUCAUCAGCUUCAUCGAUCGCCACGGCAACCGGCAGAAAUUCGCCACCAUCAGCACCAUCAGCGACAUCUCAGUCCUGAAGCUGAAGGUGGAGAAGUGCUCGCGCCAGGAUACUGUCUUCAUGAAGAAGCACGGCCAGCAGCUCUACCGGCACAUCUACCUGAUCUGCAAGGAGGAGAGCAACGUGCAGGCUCACUACGAGGCUCUCUACAGCAUGCUGAUGCUCAUCAGCAUCGAGCUGGCUAACGAGGAGGUUGUGGUGGACCUCAUCCGCCUGGUGCUGGCGGUGCAGGAGAUCGCCCAGAUCAACGAAGACAACCUGACGGCGUACAACCGCUGCGCGCUCUUUGCCCUCGGAGCAGCUUACCUGAACCUCAUCAGCCAGCUCAUCACCGUGCCCACCUUCUGCCAGCACAUCCACGAGGUCAUCCAGAUGCGGCAGAAGGAGGCUCCCUAUCUGCUCCCCGAGGAUGUGUUCGUGGAGAGACCCAGGUUGAGCAAGAGCCUCGACCGCCUGGGCCCGGAGGUCUUCUUUUGGCAGAGCAAGAUCAGCGAGGUGCUGGGGGGCAGCGGCUACAACUCGGACCGCCUCAGCACUCCCUACGUCCCCCAGCUGACAGAUGAAGAUCGCCUGUCCAAGAGGAAGAGCAUCGGUGAGACCAUUUCCCUGCAGGUCGAGGUGGAGUCUAGAAACAGUCCUGAGCGAGAGCAGAGAGCACCAGCAGAAGAGAUCACCUAUGAGACGCUGAAGAAGGCCAUAGUAGACAGCGUCGCCGUGGAGGAGCAGGAGCGGGAGCGGAGGCGCCAAGUGGUGGAGAAAUUCCAGAAAGCCCCCUUCGAGGAGAUCGCCGCUCACUGCGGCGCCCGGGCGACGCUGCUGCAGAGCAAACUCAACCAGAUCUUCGAGAUCACCAUACGGCCACCGCCGAGCCCGUCGGGAACCAUCACAGCUGCCUACGGCCAGCCCCAGAACCACUCCAUCCCGGUGUACGAGAUGAAAUUCCCGGACCUGUGCGUGUACUGAGGGCGGCUGCGCUGCUAGGACGGUCGAAGGACCUCUUGGGGAGACAGCGCCGGCCCCGCGGGGACCGCGUCCUCGUGCAUGUGACAGAAAGGGACACGGACACCGAGGCUACCCCGAGCUUCCUUGGCACCACGGACCUGACUCCCGGACUCUCUUUCGUGACCCUCUGCAGCCACGUUUUUUGGCAGGAGGUGCGGGGAGGUGUCGUGGUUCUGCCCUCCCUCUGCAGUUCUGCUUUUGGGGAGGAGAGAGGAGAGAGGGGCUGGCUCCUGGCGGACAGCAUCGGGCGCCUAAAUCCUCCCAGCACAAAGCCAAACCCGAUCCUUGGGGAAUCCCUCCCCAAAUCAUCCAUCAGCCACAGCCAGAGCCCCCGGCGAGGGUGCAGGAGGAAGCUGCAGGGUGUGGGAGUGGAAAAAAGCAGGAGGGGACGCAGGGCGCAGCGUGCCCCGUGCUCCAGGCAGGUCUCUGGGGUCGCGCAGUCCCCGCAGCCAGCUCCUGGCCUGCGUCUUCCUGGCAGCUGCCCUGGUGCGGGGCAAUUCCCCGAAUUUUCCUCGAAGCUGCCCUUGAUGUCCUGGCCAAGAGGGUGCCCGGUGCGACACGAGGGUGGCAGUUGUCCCAUCACGGAUGUGGAUGCUGCACGCAGCAGCCUGGCUGGUCCCAGGUCACCUGAAAACAUGUUUUAUUUGGGAAAACGCUUUUUUUUUUUGCUUUUUUUUAAUUUUUUUUUCGAGGAGGGGAGCUGUGCUUCUUGUCCAUGCCAUCAGCAGGCAGCGUGCGGGCAGUGGGGCGCCCGGAGCCGUGGCACGAGGCGUGAGGAGCAGCCACGCUGGGACUUGGCAACCAUUAACCAGCUAUUUUCACAUUUUCGGUUCAGAAUUUCACAGUUUUGGCGUUACGGCCUGAAGAGAUUUAUUUUUUUUAACAGAAUCCCUCUGAUUAAUCCUGGCUCAACUCAGAAAACACGAGCGCUGCGGGAAGGUGGCUGCAACGAGAGGGGUUUUACGGGGUCCCACCUUCAGACCCUGCACCUGGCGGGCUGUGGAUCUGGAUUUGGACUGGGGAGAAACGUGGCUGUUGAGUUUUUUUCUGUAGACACGGGAUAGAAAAGACCCUCGGGGGAGAAUUUGGGAUCCUUUUGGCUCCUGCUGAGCCAGAAUUGCAAGCUGGAGAUGGUAGGGAUGGGGAAGAAAAGGACGCCUGGGAGGCAUUCGGUAAUUUACAGGGUAAAUCUUGCUCCCAAACGCCUUCCAAUUUUAGGAGGGUCUGAAAUUGGGGACGUGGGGGCUGCACGUGGCACAGGGCCAGCAGGAAAACUCAGCCACCUGGUGGCCUCAGCACCUCUGCCUGCAUCCUGCUCCUCGUUUCGGCCGUGCCACGUUUCCCUGCCACGUCUCCCCGCGGUUAUUUUAAGCUGUAAUUACACAUUGACAUCUUUUUCUUUUAUUUUUUUUUGGUCUUUUUUUUUUUCUUUUCUUUUCUUGGUGGCGGAUACGGUUUGUGACUGCCCCGAGGUCAGCGCUUGUUUGUGUGGUCGUCCUGUAAAUCCGGGUUUAGGAAAUGACCUAGCUUAAAGAGGACAGGAAAAAAAAAACAAAAAACAAGGGUGGAUUUCGGUCCCGGAGCUGCCUCGUGGCACUUCCCCGCUCCCAGCAGGGCUCUGCCACCCUGCCCAGCGCCCGAGGCUCUGUCCCUUGCUGCUGCCCCUCUUUGGGGUCCCCCCCCGUGUUUCUGUCCCCCGUUCCCGUCCCUUUUUGCUCCCCGGAUUCCGCCCGGUCCCCCUUGGAGCCUGGAUUUUGGCUGGGUGAGAUUUUGGGGCUGCCAACGGGAACGCAAAGAAGCCGCUUGGCCGAGGAGGGGUUGUUCCCGUUGCUGCCCCGAUGGAAAUGCAGUAGGAAAAAAAGCACCGAACCCCCAGAUUGUGUGCUUGGGGGGGGGGAAAACCCCUCCCAAAACACAAAGAAGAGGGGAAAGAGAGCUGUGGGGCUGCUACGGGGCACAUCCUGGGGGACCCGCUGCCAUUUGGGGCUCCCAGCCUGCAUGUUACCCCAUGGACAAACCCCUGGUGAGAGGGGGGGGAUUUCCACGAGCCCCCCCUGCUCCCUUGCUGCACCCUCUCCUCCUUCCCUCCCCAAAAUCGAUGCCUUUCGGGCCCCCCAGCUCCACUUGUAAAUGUCCCCCCCGUGUCAGUGACCCGUUUGUACGUCACCUUUAGUUUAGAUUCUGGUGCGUGGAUAGAUGACAAAAAUAUAUUUCUAUCAACCUGGCCCUUAGGUGCAUGUGUGCGUUCCUACAUCUGUAUUUUGGGGGCACUGUGGGGUUUUUUUACCCCCCCCCACCCCGUGUGUGUGUGUGUAGCCGAGGGCAGGAGGGGAGCGGGCUGCCGAGAGGGCCACGAGGCUGUCGGGAUUUCCAAACGUGCCCUCGAAUAAAUGUUGAUGUUGCCAUCUUU